CCCUUUCGUGGAGCGUGUAUGUGUGUGCGAUGAGGUGGGCAGUGUGUCCUUUCCGAACGCUGUCGGGAGCAUGGGUCUGUGGCACGCGCCGGCACGCGCUUCACUCCACCGCGGCGGCCAAGUUGUCGCGCGCAUCCGCUGAGGGCUUCUGAUCCACCCGCAGGGGGGUCUCUUUCACUGUAUCCCCCGGUACACUUUUUUUUUUUUUUUUUUUUUCCUCUUUCCAAUUUUCUUUAUUUUUUUUUUUUAUUAUUUAGCAGAGAAUGCGAGCAGCGCUCGUUGUGCGGAGGGGAGCGUUUCCAGUUUGAGCGCCGUGGUGGAAAAACAAGGACAAACACGGGGCUUUCGGACCUCGCUGCGGCCAGGGGGGCCAAGCUCCUGCUCUCAUUGAGGAGAUGUCUCGGCACCACAACCGCUUCGAGAGGGACUACCGCGGCGGGUGGGAGCGGCGGGAACGGGCCCCCGGCUCCAACAGCGCCAUCAGCGCCAACUGCAACACAACCGGCAGCUGCAGCCGCCCAGGGCUCCUCCCACUGCCGGUGAUCUCGUCCCUGCUCCCCACCCCUGUCUCCGUCGCCAUGACCACCUCCAACAACGACCUGGCCUGCAAGCGCGUUGGCCCCGCCUCCACUGCUUCCACCACCAAGGUUACUGGACUUCCAACAAGCGAGAGUCAGACCCAGGGGCAAAUCCUGGCUUCAGGGAUCCGGUGGGGACAGACGCCCAUCGACCAGACGACGCCGUGGGAUACGGACGAGCCGCCGGCCAAACAGCUGAGGGAGAACAGCAGCAUGGGUCCGUUGUGGGCUCCUCCGGUGGCUGCAGUGAGCCAGCCGAGCCUUUUGGCACACACGUACGGGGUGCCCCAAGCGCCUGCGUACAGCCAGGGGGUAACAGUCCAGGCCCCCGCCAUUGGACUCAAGCCUGCCGUCCAGACCGCGGUCCCCUCGCAGCACCCGCUCAUGACGGCCCACUUCCAGCUCCCUCCGCAGCCCUCCCAGCCCCUGCCCGGCAUGGUGAUCGGCAUGACCCCGACCUUGCACUCUGCCAGCCAGCCGCCCAUCACCAUGGCCCCGCUGAGCGGACUCUGUCAGGUGCCGCGCCCGGCGCACAGCGUCGUGGGCAACGGCCACGUGAGCCACCCUCUGAUUCAACCGUCUAGCCUGCCUUCCAUCGCCCUACCUGGAAGUGAUCCCCUGACCAAUGGGCAGACGGUUCCCCAUGCCCCGCCCCCGCCUCCAACCAAUCAGGAGAACACCAAUGGCCUUCAGAUGCUGCGGACGGUCGGCAUGGGGAAGUAUGAGUUCACUGACCCCUGGCACCCAAAAGAGAUGUUGAAGGAAUUGAACCAGCAGCGCAGAUCGAAAGAGUUUACAGACCUGAAAAUUAUUGUUGAAGGCAAAGAGUUUGAAGUCCACCAAAAUGUUCUAGCUUCCUGCAGCUUGUAUUUCAAGGACAUGGUGAAAAGGUCAUCGGGGGAGAGCAGUAAGGGAGAGAAGCUGGAGCUGUCGAUGAGCAACAUCAGCGCGGACGUCCUGGAGCAGCUGCUCGAGUUCGUCUAUACGGGGUCCCUCAUCAUCGACUCGGCCAAUGCGAAAACGCUGCUGGAAGCGGCCAACAAAUUCCAGUUCAAUACUUUUUGCAAAGUCUGCGUGUCCUUCUUGGAGAAGCAGCUGACAGCCAGCAACUGCCUGGGUGUCCUGGCGAUGGCCGAGGCUAUGCGGUGCACGGAGCUCCACAACAUGGCCAAGGCAUUCGCCCUGCAGAACUUCCCUGAGGUGGCAGUCCAGGAGGAGAUCCUCAACAUCUCCAAGGAGGACUUUGUGAGCUAUCUGUCCAACGACAGCCUCAACACCAAGGCGGAGGAGUUAGUCUAUGAGACCGUCAUUAAGUGGAUCAAGAAGGACCCGGCCAACAGAGUACAGCAUGUGUCUGAGCUGCUGGCCGUGGUCCGACUGCCCUUCAUCCAUCCCAGUUACCUCCUGAACGUGGUGGACAACGAGGAGCUGAUCAAGGCCUCCGAAGCCUGCCGCGACCUGGUGAACGAAGCCAAGCGUUACCACAUGCUGCCUCACGCUCGCCAAGACAUGCAGACCCCGCGAACGCGGCCGCGGCUUUCCGCAGGUGUGGCGGAAGUGAUCGUGCUGGUGGGGGGUCGUCAAGCCAUCGGGAUGAACCAGCGGUCCCUGACAGCCGUCACGUGCUUCAAUCCCCAGAAUAACAAGUGGUACCCCCUGGCGAGCCUGCCCUUCUACGACCGCGAGUUCUUCAGUGUCACCUCAGCAGGGGACAAUAUCUAUCUUUCAGGAGGCAUGGAAUCAGGUGUCAUGCUGUCAGAUGUGUGGUGCUACAUGUCGCUGCUCGAUAAUUGGAACCUGGUGUCCCGUAUGACGGUCCCUCGAUAUAGACACAACAGUGUGGUGUACGACGGCAAGAUGUACACCCUGGGAGGACUCGGGGUGUCAGGAAACCUGGAUCACGUCGAAAGGUAUGACACCAUCACAAACCAGUGGGAGACCGUGUCGCCGCUGCCCAAGCCGGUGUACUCUGCGGCGGCGACGGUGUGCGGGGGGCGCAUCUACGUGUUCGGAGGAGUGAACGAAGCGGGUCGCUCCGCAGGUGUCCUGCAGUCCUUCAUACCUCAGACAAACACCUGGAGCUUCAUAGAGUCGCCCAUGAUCGAUAACAAGUAUGCUCCGGCAGUGAGCCUCAACGGGUUCAUCUUCAUCCUGGGCGGAGCCUAUGCAAGGGCCACGACCAUCUACGACCCGGAGAAGGGCAACAUCAAAGCGGGGCCCAACAUGAACCACUGUCGCCAGUUCUGCAGCGCCGUAAUCCUAGACGGGAAGAUCUAUGCCACCGGUGGGAUCGUCAGCAGCGAGGGGCCGGCGCUGGGCAACAUGGAGAGCUUUGACCCCUGUACCAAUACUUGGACGCUGCUGCAGAACAUGCCCUGCCCGCUUUUCAGACACGGCUGCGUGGUCAUCAAGAAGUACAUCCAGAGCGGCUGACGCCUGGCGAACCCGACUCUCCUCGUGCCCUGUGCCCGGUCAGGGAGGGAUUAGCGGACCUGACUCGAGCGAACACCCCCCUUCCCACCUGCCCGCCUCCCUCGAGAGACCCACCUACACGGAAUGUAGGAGCUAAUCUUCAGCGCUCGGUGAAAACAGAGCCCGGUGCCGGUGCCUCGAGUUCUGUAACACAGUGUAACUUAUCCCAGCCCCCGGCGCGGUGAUGGGAUGUUUGAAGUGGCGCUACUCUCAACACUAGGCUGUCAGUUCGAUUGCAAUGUUGUAGAUUGUUUUUUUUUUUUCUUUUUUUUCCCUCCCCCCUCGCUCUGCUCUGUUAACUGUUUGAUUGGGUUUUCUUUUCUAAUGGGGAUGCUUGCUUGUUUUUUUCUUACAGCUGAGCUCUGAGAAAAAAUUAAAACGAAAUGACAAAAAUCCAUCUCUAUUAUCAUUAAGUUGUUUACCGUGGUGUCCCUAAGAAGGCAGAGCUUUAUAAUUUUGACUUGCAAUGGUUGCAGAGGUUCCCAAAUGUUCGCACUGGGUUGCGGUGAAAAGCAAGUCUGAAAACCAGCUUUAAAAGUAAUGGAAGGCUGAAUUUUAAGCAGUUUCCAGCAAUAUGGCAUCCCUUUUUGUCAGGAACAGCGCUGUGCAGUCUUUCACUUCAGCACAUCUGUCAUGUAGUCAAGAAUUGAUUAGAAAAUUAUGAACUGAAUAAGGACUUUGAAUAAGAGGAACCAUUUCUAUACCCUAGCGAAGCACAAGUAACUUGAGGCCCCAAAGAUUAAUUUUUUUCAAUUAAUUUUUAUUUUUUUACACAGAUUUCCUCGGUUUUUUUGUCAGUGCUGUUGGUCAAGAGGAGGGCUUGAAAAGUGUAUGUGGGUGGAUGGAUGGGUGGGUGGGUGUGUGGGUGUAUGUAGAAGGCUUUGUAAAUUAGGGUGGGCAAUAUGUUUAUUUUCUGAACUAUUAUGUAUAAAUGUUUUUAGAAAAAUGCAUAUGAACAGAGGAAAAAAAAAAUGUCUGUGACAAAUUCCCUUAAUUAUAAUAAUAGUAUCUAUCAUGCAAAGGAGUCAGUGAAUCUUUAUUUGAGGAGAUGCCUUCAGACGCGGUGUUCAGCGUCCGCGCUGUUGAUCCCGCUAGUUUUCCACGGCGGAGGGACGUGAAGCAGCAGAAGUGACACCCAGCCAAAGCAGAAGUGACCUGGAAGGACACUGAGAACUGUAGACGAGAUGGCACUGUAAUACCUUCAAGACCCCGACAGGGUUUGCGUCCCCUCCUGUUUGUCCACUGUUCCUCACACAUGGUGCUUGUUUUGGACAAUAAAUGUUAAAAACUACAGGAAACAAUAGCAU